AUGUAGAGACACCGAUCAAUUUCUAAGAGCAAAAGCUUUGACAGGUACCAAUUCUUCUAGAUUUUAGGCUAGUUCCAGAAAAAGUGAACUUGGAUGAUUUUCAAUUCCAUAUGGUAGAAGAUUAGUAGAGCGAUUUAAAGAAAGAUUUAGAUUUGAAUGAAAGACUGCGGAUGGAAGGCAGUCAGGCAAAAUAUAAUUAUUUUUUGAAAUAGAAUUUAUUUGAGAGUAAAUCACAAUCAAGUUUAUUUGUUUAUUAAAGAUAACCUUCUAAAUAUAAACCCUAUAUAAUUAAUAAUGACUGUCCUUCACCUGUUAGAAAAAUAAACAAAACGCCAUAUAAGGUAUUAGAUGCUCCUAAGUUAAAAGAUGAUUUUUAUUGUUAAUUAGUAGACUGGAGUGUAGGUAAUUAGAUAGGAGUGGCAUUAGAAAAUUCAGUUUACUCAUGGAAUGCUCAGACUGGAGAGACAACGCAAUUGUUAGAGAUAGAAGCUCCUUCAUAUAUCAGUGCAUUGAAAUGGUGCAGUAGAAAUGAGUUGAUGGCAGUGGGUGAUGACAAUGGAGCUGUUCGAAUUUACGAUGUCAACAAAGGAACCAUUUUGAAAACCUAUGAAAACCAUCACAAGAGAGUGGGUUGUUUAGAUUGGAAUGGCUUAUGCAUUACAAGUGGUAGUGGAGAUAAGACCAUUUUAAUUUAAGAUAUUCGAACUGAAAAUGAUUGCGAAAUUGCUUUGUAUUCUCAUAAACAAGAAGUUUGUGGACUCCAAUGGAAUUAAAAUGGAUCAUACCUAGCUUCAGGAGGCAAUGAUAACAAUGUCAUUAUACAUAACAUCAGGAUGCCAAACCAACCUCUUUAUGUGUUCAGAGAUCACAGUGCUGCCAUCAAAGCCUUGGCAUGGUCACCUAAAUAAAAUAAUAUUUUAUGUAGUGGUGGAGGCACAACCGACAAAUCCUUAAAAUUUUGGAAUGUUUCCAAUGGAUUACUACAAAAUAGUGUAGACACUGGCAGUCAAAUCUGUAAUGUGA